UUCCGGCAGAUCGAAUACGUAACCUUUGUUUAUGUUAUUUGUUUAAGUUUUUGCAAUGAAAUUCGCAAGAAUUAUUCCUAGUUGUCGAUCAUUGGCUUGUUUAAGAGCUAAGCGCCCUGCGAGCACCACAGCAUGCGACCAAGUCCGAAUCGUGGAGGUGGGACCGCGGGAUGGACUCCAAAAUGAACCCAAGUUGCUGCCGGCAGCCACCAAAAUCGAACUGAUCAAUCGGUUAUCAGAGACGGGACUGAAAACCAUUGAGGCCACCAGUUUUGUGAGCGCCAAGUGGGUGCCCCAGAUGGGUGACAACACGGAGGUGCUGCGGGGGAUCAGCAAAGUUCGUGGGAUCAGCUACCCGGUACUGACGCCCAAUAUUAAGGGAUUCGACAGUGCGCUAGCGGCCGGUGCCGAGGAGGUGGCCGUUUUUGGGGCCGCCUCCGAUGCAUUUUCGCUGAAGAACGUUAAUGCCACAGCUGCCCAGGCCAUCGAGCGCUUUAAGCCUGUAUUGACGGCAGCCAAAGAAAAUGGUGUACGUGUCCGCGGCUAUGUGUCCACUAUUGUUGGGUGCCCAUACGAGGGCACCAUACCGCCGUCUGCCGUGGUCAGGGUGGUAGAGGCGCUAUACGAAAUGGGCUGUUACGAGAUUUCCCUGGGCGAUACCAUUGGCGUAGGAACUCCUGGCAGCAUGCGCCGAAUGCUGGACGAGGUGACGAAGGCUGUUCCUGCUAAAGAUCUGGCUGUGCACUGCCACGACACGUACGGUCAAGCGCUUUCCAACAUCUUGGUAUCUUUGGACUACGGCAUUCGUGUGGUGGAUGCCUCAGUCUCCGGGCUUGGCGGAUGCCCCUACGCCAGGGGAGCAUCUGGCAAUGCAGCCACCGAGGACGUAGUUUAUAUGCUACAUGGCAUGGGCCUCCAAACGGGCGUUGAUCUGGACAAACUCAUCCAAGUAGGUCGGUACAUCUGCACAGAGCUAACCAGGCCGUCUGAGUCCAAGGUGAACCGCGCCUGGAAGGGACCUCAGUAAUACACAUACGG